CAUAGGGAGGACAGGACGCGGAGGGGCCUCGGUGUCCAUGGUAACCGCACACACCGGCGCAGGCUCGGCCUAGACAGUCUGCAGGGGCCUCAUUCGUUUCCUUGGAAACAGGACGCACAAUUCCAGCAGCGGUAACCGGAGGAUGAUGGCGGCGGCGGCAACGGGGCAGCAGCGGGAGAAAGCUCCGAGGGACGAGGUGUCUCUGAACGCCAUCCACCGGGAGACGAUCCGCAAGGAGAACCGCACCCAGAGGCUGAUCACCGAGUUCAGCAUCAACCCCAAUCAUAGGAUGCACGCGGUGACUGGGAAGCCGAUGGCGUGGCAUGAGAACCAGAACGAGACCGCCGAUGAAAACUUUCUGACUAUAAUUCAUCACGCGGCUUUGGAACCAACCAAAAAAUACAGCGAGCCGCAAACCACGAACCAAGAGAUCGGAUGGAUCACCCGGCCCCUGAUCAGCAUGGACCGGACAGACGGACGGCUGCAUCAUCAUCGCCAGAAGACGGAGAUCACAGCGUAUAUGGAGUCGGCCUGGAAGCUGAAAGAGCAGAGCGUCAACCUACAGUGAGGAGUGAUGGAAAUAACCUGCACUCCAUGAGGCUGGAAUGGCUGAGACUUGUAGUCCCCAUCACUGACAAGGCAGCAAUGUGACU